AUGCGCCUGCUACCACUCUUGGUCGCCGCCGCGGUGGCGGAGGCCGAGCCUCUCGCCGUCAACGACGUCUGCUACCGCUUCUGCGAGGACGGCUCGAAGCCGAUGGUCGAUCGCCGCGGCGACUGCCCGGCGGGAACGGCGUGCCGGACGACGCUACCGCCGGACGUUCUCGCCUUCGACAACUGCGACGCGCCCGACACGUGCCAGGCUGACACUGGCCCCGGGUUCAUGCCCUCGCCAACCGCGCAAAACGCAACGGACCCGCACGACUCGGACAACUCGCACGGCGGUGAGAACUUCCUCUGCGGCGCCUACUGGGUGUUGAUUCUAUUGUUUGCUUUAACGCUCGCGACGGUCUUAUACUACCGUCAUUUGGUCCGCGUCGCCGAAAACGCCGAGCUCGAGAAGAGUGAGGCGCCAAAACGCGAGGCGGCCGCCGCGGUCCAGGAAGUAGCGGUGCCGCUCGACGACAUGGACUUCUCCGCGCGGACGCACGACCUCUACGCGAACGCCGAGUGCGCCGUGUGCCUCGCGGGCUUCACGGCGGACGACGGGCCCGUAGUGUUACCGUGCGCGCACGCGUUCCACGACGCAUGCCUCAAGACGUGGUGGGCCACGCGCCUCGAGGGCGACGCGCAGAUCACGUGCCCUAUUUGCCGGAAGCCCUUCGGCGACGAGACCGGGCCGGCGCCGCAGGACGACCUGGAAUCGGGGCGCCCGCGCGCGGACUCCGUGCCGUCGCCGAUGGGGUCCACCGCGCCGCUCCGGCGGGCGCGACCGCCCCCCACGCUCGAGCUGCCGCCGCUGGCGAACGACCUCGAGACGCGGGUGCAGCCCGUCGAAGUGCCCGGGGACGACGACUACACGCUCUCCUGA